AUGACAGUGAAGGUCGUGGAGAGUGCUGUGCACCCGAAAAGCUUGGCUGACGUGCUGUUCCCUACAAUUGUCCGCAGCAGCCCUUCAAUUGAACUCACUGCUCCUUUGUGCGAAUUAGUCCGUAGUAAUCCUAACGCAAUCAGAAAAGUACCAGAACACUUCUCAACUAACUUCCGGGAGCUACAGCAAGCGUAUUCGGAGUUUCUGACGGUGAAUCUUUCAAGUGGAAAUGAUUCGUUUUGCAUCUCUAAUACGCCGAUUCCGUCGGAUUGGAUUGGCGUCUACAGAUUGUGUGGUGAUCCACGCCAGAAGUUCUUCAUGGGACUAGUUCAAUUUGGCGAAGGUCAUACAACUGGGUACCAUAUUGAAGAAUGUGCCGCUGCAACUUACGGGUGUCUUUUGGAGGGAGAAAAGGAGUGGUUUUUCCGGUUAAAAGAUGGAUCAACUAUCUCGUGUAAGCAAAACAAAGGAGAUACCGUAUAUGUGCCUCCUGGCUUUUAUCAUCGCGUGAUUACUUUAUCGAACGGCGCGAUUCUAGUAGGCGAAACCACAAUACUGCCGACAUCCAUCGAUGCUUUCGCGUCCAACAUCUCUCCACUGUACAAUGGCAUUGAUGGGACCAGGCACAAUGUUGAAAAGGAGGCUGACAGGCUAUGUAAAGAAUUCGACAUCGUGUUGAGCAAAACCGAGCUGCACAAGGGCGGUACAUGGUAUGGACCUGCUACUCGUACAAUUCUGGCACGACAUGCACGCAGUUCUGGUGGAUCGAAAUCAAGAGAUAAGGCAGGAAAAAAGCGUAGAAAAGCUGUAUUCACGGCCAAGAAAAAGAAGCGACGUACAGCGGGAGGUUAA